AUGGCGGAAUACAACAAUACCUCGAUAAACCCAGCAAUUAUUUUCUCGGGGCGGAACCAACGGUCAUCCCAGAACUUGAAUAACAAUGAGAUGAAUGAACAAGAUGCAUUGUCCAACCCAUACAUGUCAAAUAAUGAUGGUCUCGGCUGGCCGGGAGGCUCCAACCUCAUGACUGAAUCGGGCGGAUCUUCCUAUCCAACUAGUUUUUUCACCGAAGACACAAGCCAUACUAGCGACAACCCUGAGUAUCGAUUGAGUGCUAGUACUGUGCUUCCUCAGCCACCCGAGCCUGUCUUCGGCGAGAUGAUGGAUCACCAUGAUGGAAAUCCACAUCCUCUUGUUUCAGUCGGAGUUCAAUUUCCGUACGAUUUUCCACCACACCAAGUUCCACAAAUCCUUGAUUCAGAUCUACAUGACUAUCAUGGAGACCUGAACGACACCGAGGAAGACUCGCCCUCACCAGUGGAAAAACAUCAGGAUAUUCAAGAGACUGUGAAUCUAGAGAGAAUCGGAGUGCCUGGGCGACCCGACCAUCCUUCAAAUAUUCUUCCCCAACAUGAAUUGCUUCAAGAAAUGUACUAUGGUCUUGGUAAUAAAUUUUUUCAGAGGUUGAAUCCUGGAACCUCAAAUGAGGACAGUCGCGAAAGCCUAGUUCAAUUCCAGCAAGGCCUUGAUACUUUGCGUCAAAAUGUCGAUACAAUGCUCCAUAAUCAUGAGCCCAAGGUCUCCGUGGCAGAACGACUUCUUGACGUCCCAGGCUCUUCAAUGCCUACGCGCAAACAUCUAUAUCGAUGCAAGAUACCGAACUGCACAUCCGACACCACAUUUCCGAAGGUGGAAACAUUCAAACGCCAUAUCGAUGCUCAGCAUUUCAGAAAAAUCUCGUAUUAUUGUACUCAGUCCGGAUGUGACAGAUCUGAAGCCAGACGGGAUAAGCUCCUCCAACACUGUAUGACGAGGCAUCUGAUUAAACCAAGGAAGAGUGAAGUCGAUAGAAAAAAGAAAGCAGAGAAAUGUCCAAUUGUGUGUGCCAUCUGCCCAAGGAUGACUCGCUCAUGGAAUGAGUUCUUGAAUUGCAUAAUCGGCCACUCUGUCGUUGAAGAUGAUGCGGUACAGGGUGGGCCGUCUUCAUCUGAACGCGACAAUCAGGGAAACGGCGAUGCUGACGCAGCACCUAGUAACGGAUCAUUUUUUCCAAGGACAGGAGCUGCGAGGCUAGGAGGAAUUACUACAAGCCAAAUUCCAAGCGGAUAUGGAAAUGUCACCGCAAGACGAGUGUCAUCGUCGUUGCUGAGUCCGAACAGUCCACUUGACUCCGAUACCACCGCCUCUGAUAUGUUUCGUGGCUUUUCUGACGGCAUUAACCUGCCCCAAGCUCCCCCAAACGGACUCCAAGGGGUCCAAGAGGGACGUCGUAGCUCGGACAGUCACCUCCAUCCUGAUGUGCUGCAGCGUCCUCGGUAUCCUCAGCAGCCCCCUCCACCGCCUCCCCCUCGGCCACGACAACCAGACAUGGGUCUUCAAGAACGGCUUCAAUGCCAUGCGUGCGGACAUCUUUUCAAUCAGAGAUGCUGCAGACAGCAGAAUCCACGCGAAAGGUGUCAUGAAUGCGCCGCAAGGAUGCAUGCAGUCAGAUUGCAGAUUCCCCAAGCCCACUGGUCAAACCGGCGCGGCCCACUUGAUGCCGUUGCUCCCAUGUACCAGCAGAUGCGGAACUAUGGGGCUCCGAUGAAUGUCCCCUUUGGGGAAGUCGUUUAUCAGCCCCAGCAACCACCGCACCAAAGGCCAUCUGGUGGUCGAGGUACAAGCUUCCCGGGCUAUUUUGGCGACCACUACAAUGUCUCGAUGCUAACAAGCAUCAAUGUGCCUGGCUUGAGUGAAGGCCAUAUGGAGAGCCUACUUGAUUCAAAGACCGUAAAUCCUCCAUUUGGCUUUACCUGGCUCAGCCGUCUACCUAUUCGCGUCCCAUCCCCGAAGGGAAUGAUCAAUGUGCCUCGGAGUGCAGGUGCCAUUCCCCUGGAUUAUAAUGGUCCAGUUGUCCUGCCCCAAGUUGACCUACCUUUGAAUACUAUUCAAGACAAUCAGUGUCGGUGUCCCUGUCGCUUGAAGGCACUGGAGCGCUCCUACACCAAAGCUCGCGUUGAACUGGCUCCCGGGAGGGUCCUCGAUGUUAAAAUGAAGAUCCUCGCCAACGACCGAUCUAGCCAUCCGCUUCGCACACGCGUAAGAGUCGUCGUCAAGCUCCUAAAGUUGCGCUCGUCAGUCGCCCGGCCCAACAACAAAAAGAAGACAGAGGAAGAAGCUAGAGCCAUCAAGAAGGCGCUCAAGACCAGCCUCGAUGUCCCCGAUGCUGAAUCCGGUUCGAAGUCCCACUCCAUCAAGUUCAUUGAGAAUAUUGAUGAUAUCAAUGACCCCGACGGUUCAGACUUGGAUAGUGACGACACUUGUUCCGAUUCCGAUACUGAGUCCGUCACCUCUUCUGUCUCAGCAACAUCCUCAAUCUCAGAAUUCUCCGUCCAAGCCGAGAGCAAGCCUGGAUCCCCCGAUGUAUCCGGCGAACCAUUCCCCAAUGAGUUCAACAACUUCGAUGACGGCUCCCUCCCCCCAUCCUCAUUCUCUGAUGACACCCACGACCUCGACGAAAUAACACCUUACCAUCACCAAGGAUGUGAUCAUCCCUUCUUCACUGACGAAGCCGAAGAAAUCUUCGCCGAAGACCUCGAAGAAACCGAAUUGGAGGUCGCCCUUGAUCUAGACCUUCAAACCUGUCUAAGCAGACUAUCUAUUCCGACAGAUGGUCUCGUUGACUUCGACCAACCUGACCUCGACCAGAAGAUCACCGACCCCAACCACAUUUUCCAAUAUUUCGUUCGAUACAUACUGUAUGUGAUCGUUGCAUUGAGUAAUUCCCGAAAGCAUGGCUCGCCUUCUCUUUUAGAAUAA